UGUGAACUGUGAACUAUAAACUCUGUGUUCAAGAUGGCGACCUCCAUGAAAAGGAUGCCAGCUCCAAAUCAAAAACCUUAUGGACGCUAUAAGACAUUAGUCUUCGGGGUGAUUUUUGACCCAGCAAUGUCAUUGCCUGCCAUGAUCGUAUUGUUUGUUGCAGAACUGCUUGUAAAUUUAUUGGUUAUUUUCAAGAUAAAGUACACUGAAAUUGAUUGGGUGGCUUACAUGCAAGAGGUGGAAGGUGUCGUGAAUGGAACAUAUGACUACAUGCAGCUAAAAGGAGACACCGGACCUUUGGUAUAUCCUGCUGGAUUUGUGUACCUUUUCAUGGGUCUGUACUACGUGACAGAUCUAGGACUGAACAUACGACGUGCCCAGUACAUCUUUGCUGCAAUCUACCUCCUCAAUCUGCUUGUUGUCUUUGACAUUUACAGGAAAGCUAAGAGAGUCCCUCCGUUUGCCUUGUUCUUCAUGUGUGCUCUCUCGUAUCGGAUUCACUCCAUCUUCAUUCUGAGACUGUUCAACGACCCCGUGGCCAUGUUCUUUCUCUACCUGGCUGUGAACUUAUUCAUGAGAGGUCACUGGUCAUAUGGGUGUCUGUUCUACAGCCUUGGUGUGUCGAUCAAGAUGAACCUGCUACUGUUUGCCCCAGCCCUUCUCUUCCUCCUUGUGGUCACUCAGGGUAUUGCAGGGACGGUCAAGCACUUGACCAUCUGUGCCUUGCCACAGCUACUAUUGGCUCUCCCAUUCCUUAUGGCCAACCCUGUGGGCUACAUCGUCCGGUCAUUUGACCUGGGCCGCCAGUUUUUCUACAUCUGGACGGUCAACUGGAGACUCCUGCCGGAGGAGAUUUUCCUCAACAAGUACUUCCAGGCUGGCCUUCUGCUGGCCCACGUGGUGACCCUGCUGCUGUUUUUCCUCUAUAAGUGGAAAGGAUUUUUCCCAGGGGCCAGCCUUCAGUUUUGGAGCAGAGGGCUGAGAAAGCGACUUACUCCCGACCAGAUUCUGUUCCCGCUGUUCACGGCUAACUUCAUCGGCAUGUGCUUCAGCCGGUCAUUGCACUACCAGUUCUACGUCUGGUACUUCCACUCCCUGCACUACCUGGUCUGGUGCUGCCCCUACCCCACUGUGAUCAGAGUUCUCCUACUGGGUGUGAUCGAGUUCUGCUGGAACACGUACCCAUCGACAGUCGCCAGUAGCUCCGCCCUCCACGUCUGCCACGCCCUCCUCCUGCUAGGGCUGUGGUGUGGAGCGCAACGACAGCAACAACAACAACAACAACAACACAGUGGCGAGAAUGUUGAGUUGAACGAUGGUCAAAGUAUUGGGAAACAGAAAAUUAAAUGAGACUGAGAAUAUCAUUAUCAUUGUUUUUGUUGUUGUCGUUUCUUGCAUGAUGUAGAGGUUUCAAUCUAGCAGCAUUUUAUUGUCCUGACAUGUGCGUAGAGAGUGAUGAAUGUGUGAAUACAGUUGAAAUUGUCUGAGACGACUGUCUAUUGUCGAGGAGAUAAGUGGGUGUCUUAGUUGGAUGUCUUAGUGUCAUUAUAAUAGAAUAAAAAGCCCAGCAACGGUGAUAGUAGGAAGUGGAUGUUUGUACAGGUGAUCAGUGAUUCUCGAUAAAAAUUCUCCCCACGCGCAUCGUCUAACUGUUACAACACAAAUGACGGUGUGGGUGGUUGGCAGGUGCUCUGGUGUGGUUUGCUCCUUCUUUCCUAUUAAAAAUCUAUCGUCUCUAUCUCCCCUCCUUCUUUUUUGUGUUUGUUACUCUCUUGUAACACCUCUAAUCUUCUGCACAUAUAUGACCUUAUUUUGUUGCAAGUGCCGUAAAACACUUACUAAAAAAACAAAACAAAUGACGGUGGAUGCUGUGUAGAAAGCUGAAUGUGAGUGGGAUUAAAGUGAUAAAUUUCCUCCCACA